CCGGGCCUGCUGCGGCCGCAGGCGCCGGGAACGCUGCGGCGGCCUCCCGCCGCCCGCCCUCCUCCUCCUCUUCUUCCUUCUCCCUCCUCCACCUCCUCCUCGCGGGCAGGUGAAGACUCUUCAUCUACCAUGGCAUCAAGGCUCGUUCCAAAAGUGACUUCCAAAGAGGGAGAAACUCAGUGCAAGGAGAAACACGUGGUUCUGCUUAGCCCCGUGGGAAAACUCAAGAUAUCUGGGUGUGAAACAGGCUUACAUGAAAUAAGACUUCCAAAAAUGAGCGUCCUGCCAAGUGGAUCCUCUGGGAUCUCGUCCGUGCUCCGUGCGCUGUCAAAGAUGGCCACUAACUCUUCGCUGCUUUGUCCCAUUGCAAUGAGCUGUUACACCAUCGAUCAGGAUUUUGAGGCUGGUGUCAGUGUAAAGGACUGGGGCAUCAGCGAGCAGGGCCGCGGCCGCUUGCGAGGUGUGCGACGGCGCGGAGGAGAUGACGGAGCCGCUGAAGCAGUGCACGGCCUGGCUGCACGCCUACUUCUGCGAGCCGGCGAGGAUGGCGACCCUUCCCGUGCCGGCCUUCCACCACCCGCUGCUCCAACGAGAUUCGUUCACCAGGCAAGUGCUGUGGACCCUGUUGAGAGACGUGAAGUUUGGAGAGGCCGUUUCCUACAAGCAAUUAGCAGAGCUCGCAGGGAACAGCAGAGCGGCGAGAGCGGUGGGAGGAGCGAUGAGGAGCAAUCCUAUCCCAAUUAUAAUCCCGUGCCACAGGGUGAUUUGCAGCAGCGGGCAGACGGGCAACUACGGAGGAGGAAACCUGAUGAAAGAGUGGCUUUUGUCGCACGAGAAGCUCCAGAAAGAGAAGUUAGCAUAUUGAUGCAGCUCAGCCGCGGCUGCUAACCAGCCAAGACAUACAGCCGCGGAUACUUGGCUCAUAACAAGCUCUCAGAGCACCCAGCAGAAUUCAAAAAAAAUGGUAAAUAUUUGAGUGACAUAUAAAUAUAAUGCAACAUCCGAAGUGAAAUGUGUGGUGGCACCACUAUAUUAAAAAAGCGGGAUGCGUCCUGAGGGAUGCAGCUCGCCUGCCCUUUCUUGUUUUUACAUUUUACAGCAGAAUGACUACAGCGGUCCAGGCCUGUUGUGCGUGGAUUUUGUUCCCGUCUCCAGUCCUGUUUUGUUCUAUUUUUAAUGUCCAUUAAAGCAGGGGUAAGGGAGAGGGAGGGACACGGCGAACGCGAGGUGCGAGCCUCCCCCGGAGGAAGCGUCUGGCUCGCCGAGCCCGCGCCCGUGUCCCUGCCGGCUCCCCUCGCCGCCGUGGUGCCGAAGAUGGUGUUUUACCUGAACAGGAGGAGCGCUGAGAUGCGUUCGCAAGCAAGCGGCUGCUGAAUUGCUUGUGCCCGGCUCGUCUGUUCAGGUGGCGGGAGCUGGGAAUAAAGAUUUUUGCUUUUGUGAAUGGUGCAAAAAGCCGGAACUGGACGGAAAGCGUGUUUUAGAUAAGCCGUUUGGUUAGCGCAAUUUGCGCAAAGUACUGACAAGCUGAUCAUCAUUGCGGCUUGAUCUGCAGCGCAUUGGAUUUUUUUUCCUUUAGAUUUCUGCAUUUCCCCGUUACGCGAAGCUUUAUUUCCCGUCGCCUCUCUGUAGAAAGGACUGGAGUAUUCAAGAGGUAUUAAGGCUAAAUUUUGAGGUGGUUUAAGCAGGGUUCUCUGCAAGUACGAGCCACCAGAAGCUGAAAUUUUCAGUGUGGGAAUCGUAAAUUCUAACAUGGAAAUACUGAUUUUUUUAUGUGUUUUAUCAUAUUUUCAUAGACGUCUCUUUAGAAAGGCCAUUGCUAACCAAAAAAUUAUUGUGUUACGAUGCGUUAGUUAAUAUAGUAUUAUUGAUAUCUCAGAAUUACUUCAAUAAAAAAACUGCUUUGCA